AUGGCCACCCUACGCAUACCCCAUGCCACUCGAAGGGCUGUUACAUCCAUUCAAUCCCUCCGUCUGCACCAAACAACUCCCCUCACAACAUCAACAUCCCGUCUAAACCCGCGCAUCCAACCACUCCGCCAACCACCAUCUCACCGCCGCCCCUACCACUCAACCCUCCACCCCCGCCUCCCAGACCACGAAUACACAAACAGCCAAAGCGCAAUCCUAACCGCCGCCCUCCCCCACAUCCCAGAACACGGCUUCAGCCUCGAAGCCCUAACCCUCGGCGCCCGCGACGCUGGUUUCCUCGACGUCUCGGUACAAUUGCUCCCGCGCGCAGAAUUCGACCUCAUCCUCUUUUGGCUGGCUUCUAGGCGCGGCAUUCUCCGCGCUAAGGUUGAAGAGGGUGCGCUUUUUACCCGCGUCGCGGCGGAGAAUGGUCGGGAUGUGGCGGGUUUGUCGGUUGAGGAGAAGUCGAGGAUUUUGGUCUUGGAGCGCUUGCGGAUGAAUGUUGGGAUUAAGGAUCAAUGGCAGGAUGCUCUGGCUCAAAUGUCCCUCCUCUCGAAUAUCCCCAUUUCCCUUACAGAACUCCACGCUCUCUCGAACGAUAUCCUCUCCCUGGCCGGUGAAUCCUCGGUUGAUGGGUCGUGGUAUACUCGGCGCAUGGCACUGUCGGCUAUUUACGCCAGCGCGGAAAUUGUCAUGACACGGGACCCAACGCCUGAUUUGACAGAAACGGCUGCGUUUGUGAGCCGCAGGUUUGAGGAUAGACUCGUUCUGAAGGAGAAGGUUGAGGGUGUGGGUCAAUGUGUCUCGUUCUGGGGAAAUACGGCUGUUGGUCUGGGGAGGAGCUGGGGAUUGAAGAUCUAG